CAAACGUAGUGCCCUAUAUAGGGAAUAGAGGGCAUUUUGGGACACAGACAGAGAGUAGGAAUUAUUCAAGGGAUAUGACUGCCGUGCCUGAAACUGAAAUUGAUGCCAAUAAAGAGACGGAGUUGAAAUGUUUGAGAUCUUUUUUCCAGGUGUGUCAAGGUUGUUCUUAAGUGCCAUUAACACGUCAAUGCUUCCUGUCUUUUAUCACCAUGCAGCAACAAGAACAAGACCCAACCAACCUGUAUAUCUCCAACCUGCCGCUAUCAAUGGACGAGCAGGAGCUUGAGACCAUGCUCAAGCCCUUUGGCCAGGUCAUCUCUACCCGAAUACUGAGGGACUCCAAUGGAACCAGUAGAGGAGUGGGCUUUGCAAGGAUGGAGUCGACAGAGAAAUGUGAUUCCGUUAUCUCUCACUUCAACGGGAAGUUUAUUAAGACACCACCUGGAGUUACUGUGCCACCGGAGCCCUUACUGUGUAAGUUUGCUGACGGCGGGCAGAAAAAGAGGCAAAGCCAGUAUACAUUUUUGCAGAAUAGCCGUGCGUGGGCUAGAGACGGCGAUGCUAGACUGGCUGGAAUGACCCUCACGUACGACACCACAGCGGCUAUGCAAAACGGAUUUUAUGCGUCUCCAUACAGCAUCGGAAACAGGAUGAUUGCUCAAACGUCCAUGUCUCCAUAUCUCUCACCUAUCUCCACGUACCAGGUACAGAAUCCCUCCUGGGUUACUCACCAGCCCUACAUCAUGCAGCACCCAGGAGCGGUGAUAUCGCCCUCUAUGGACCAUACUAUGUCACUACAGCCUACAUCCAUGAUGAGCCCUCUCACUCAGCAGAUGAGUCAUCUCUCCAUGGGUAGCACAGGAACGUACAUGGCUGCCAACUCUAUGCAAGGAGCCUAUAUUCCCCAGUACACACACAUGCAGACCACAAAUGUUCCAGUGGAGGACAACAGUCAGCAACAACAGGUGGAGUCAUCCGGUGAUCAUUCCCCUUACACCUACCAACAAACCAAGUAAUACGGAGGUGUGGUAGGAGCCCAGAAGACAGAGUGGGAUGACAGUUGAAACAAUCAUGGCUGCUUCUGGUGAUGGAUUGUGCGUUAAGGAUUUAUCCCCAUUUUGUACAGAUUCUGCAAUGAUUUACUUUUGUUUGUGAUAAGAAAAAUAAGUGAGACAAUUUUGGUAUAAGUCCCAUGAGGUGCAAAUAAGUGAUUAAUUUCAUCAAAGGGUUCAAAUUCACAAAAAAAAAAAGAAAAAGUAGUUGUAUUUUACUAAGGAAAGAACAUUUAUUUUUUACCAAGAAUUGUCACAUGGAUGCAAGAACCUAUAGAGGAUCAUGUGACUUGUUGUUUAUGGUGCAUGAUAGUAAAGAUGUCUUUUGUUAAUAUUUUUUUAUAAUUGAGUUUUUCCUCUUUAUUUUGUACUGAAAUAGAAUUUUUGGAAGUUUUAUUAUUUAUCUUGAAAAUGAUGUUUUGUGCUUGCUGUGUGAGUGUUGCUAUGGUGACGUGUUAAAUGUUUCUUAUUGUAAAGUGAUUUAUCUUAGUGGUCUAGAUUGAUCUUUCCAUCUAGACCACAGUAGCUGUAUAGGCAACCUCCUAGGCUAGAAAUGAGGAAGUCACGGUGAGAGCUAUUGCCUUGUAAAUCAGCGAAAUAGGGCUUUUCCUUUGGAUAUAGCAAAAUAAAUCUGCUGUGCUUAAAUGUUCUUGCUUUUCCCCUCUGAAAACGAAUCUGAAGUAGAAGUUUUUGAGAAAAAAAUGUUUAGAGUGAAAUUACCCUCUAAAUCUGAUUAUGUUUUAAUAGGAUGUAAUGUUUGUAUAAUCACAGGGCCUUAAAUGUCUCUGGUUGUUUGAAUGUGCUAGAAAUUCUGUUGAAUUAUCACAUUUUGAAUCUUGCCUUUUUUUGAUUACUUGGUGUUGUAGAUUAGCCUAAAAUGAGCUUCUUGGGGUGGGGAUGGAAUAAGGGAGGGCGUGGUUGUGUCUUUUGGGGGAUGUUGUUGUUCUUUUUCACUUUCAGUUGAAAUGUAAAGAGGCAAACUUCGAUUUAUCAAAGCCUUCCAGUGCAACUUACGGCAAACAUUUAAUGGAGUUUUAGUUGGGGAAAAACUGAGAUGAAUAUGUAGAUUUUAUUGCACCCAGCUCUUUGAUAGGAAACAAACAAGCUCGGCACUUUCAAUUAUGAUUUACUUCACCAAAGAACUGUGAGCUAGUAAAUUGAGGAAAUAGUUAAAUUUCUCUCUCUAACCAGGAUGUAAUUGACUUUUUGCCAGACUAGAUUGCAGUUUGGAGAAUGUGCCUUUUUUGUACAUGUACAUUCAGUUGUCAUACGUUUUAUGGGAAAAUAUGGACACAAACAAGCAUGAAGGACGAUUUGGAUCCAACAAGUGCCACACACUGAUUUCGUCACUACAGAAAAAUGGAAAAUGCAAUGUUAUAAAAUGAAUAAACCAGGAAAGAAGACAGUUUGAAACUAUGAAAUUACAAAAAAUACAAUAAUAGUUUGUUUUGCCAUUGUGCAACAGAAUGUUAUUGCUAAAGUUUGAUAAUUUUUUAUCAUAGUAGAUUUGAACAGGCUUUAUGAUUAAGUUGUCUUCCAGAAGCCUGUGUUCUGGCCAAUAGAUGGUAUGUUCUGGCCUGAUGGUCAGACAGACCGACCAGUUAUCUACCUCAGAGUUUACUUUCUCCUCUGUAUUGAGCCGGGUUAGCAGGUCCAGCCCGCCCUUUCAGACCAAACGCCAUGCUCAGGAGCUGGCAGUAUACACUUGUUUCCUUUCAGGUUGUUUUUAAUACUUUUUGAUUUUCUUCACAAUAAUUGUUUUAUUUUUUAUGACGUAUUAUUGUAAUCAUUCAGAGGAAAAUUGUGCGUUGAGCGUGUUUUAGUUGUGUUCAGAUAUUCAGUUUCAUAGUUUCAAAAGUAGAACUGCUGCUUUCAUCACAAUUCCAGAUUCCAGAGGCUAAUAAAAGUGGUUGAAGAUAAA